AUGCAGCACUAUAACAAUACCAACAACUCCAUUCCUUACCGUGCAACACCAGAGAAUGUAGCCAUCAGUGCUGUUUUGGGGCUUUGCUUUGGUCUGGGUAUCCCUGGUAACCUGGCUGUACUGGUGGUGGUUGGUCAACGUCUCAAAAAUGGAAACUUUACCUUAAAGGUGAUGUUUAGCUUGGCUAUAUCAGAUCUUCUGACGUUGCUUUCCUUGCCUUUGUGGAUCAAAGCAUUGCUCCAUGGUUGGAUCUUUGGUUUGGUUCUCUGCAAGAUGAUUUCCUACCUGGUCUAUUGGGGCAUCUAUAGCAGCGUGUUGGGUGUCACUCUGCUUAGUGUCCAUCGGUACCUGCAAGUACUUUAUUCUCGGAAAUGGUCCAAGCUUGGACGUAAGGGAGAAUUAAUGCUUUUAAUUGGAGUGUGGAUUCUAAGUGGAGUUUUAUCCUCUUACAGUCUCUUUCAACGCCAGGUAACAUUCCAAGACAGAGAUAAAUUACUCCACUGUGACAUGAAAUACAAGGACGAUGGAGAAAGAGUUCGCAUAUUGGUCCUGGAAACUGUUUCACUUUUUGUUGUUCCAUUCUCUAUCCUUGCCUUUUCCUAUUUUACCCUCAACAGAAAGGUGAGUCACAUGGUUUUAUUCCGCAGUAAGAGGAUGACCAAACUGGUAGCUAGGAUUGUGCUGGUUUUCUUUCUCCUCUGGAUUCCUGUUCACAUAAACAAUGUUCUUAUGAUUGCUGCAGCCUUGAGGAAGUCUGACAGACUGCUGAGCUUCACAAAGAUCCUCGCGGGAUUGUUUGGAGCAUUGACUUUCAUUAAUAGUUGUGUUAACCCGUUUCUGUACGCUUUCUCCGCUCAAGUGCUCCGCAGGCAGACACCCAUGGGGGAGAGUACGUAA